GUGAAAGGAAAAAGGGCACAAUCUUAUUAUGAAGUUUCAGGUCUGCCUCCAGUGGAAGAAGAGCAUGCUAGUGAUCCAGCGAAAGCUAAGCUAGCAUCCAAAGUUAAUAAGGCAAAGAUAAGAUAUGCUAAUACAUACAGGCUGGAGCCAUACAACAGAGUUCGGGACUACUUAGUAAGGAACAAAGCUCAAGCGAUACUAAUGAGUAAACUUCAACAAGACGAAUAUGAUGGAGCUUCUAGUCUCUCCUUGUGUGCUUCGAUCUCAGAAGAAAUAUUAAAGGCUGUGAAAGAAUUGAACUUUGAUCGCUAUAAGUAUGUGGUAUCAGUACUAAUUGUGGAAAAGGCAAAUCAGGCAAUGAACGUUGCCAGCAGAUGGGUCUGGGAUGUUCAGAGAGACACUUGGGUUUCAGCUGAGUAUGAAACUAAAACAUUUUUUGCGCUGGCUUUGGUAGUGGCUUGUUAUUACGAGUAA